AUGUCAAUCUCUGAAAAACAGACUCUGCUGCUAAAGCAGAAAAGACUAUUUUCCUUUCUUGCUCCAAAAACUAUACCUCCAAUACCUUCAGAAGAUGAAAGAAUCGUAUUUCCACAGAAAAACUCUAACUUUGUCAAAAGGGCUUUCUUCUGGUGGCUUAAUCCAAUCCUCAAGGUUGGUUACCUUAGAACUUUGCAACCAGAGGAUCUUUACAUUCUUACGGAUGAUCUCACCGUCCAGAAUAUGUAUGAAAAGUUUCUCCAUCAUUAUCAUGCAAAGUCGAGGUUUUCUUCACGAAAUCAUCUCCUAUAUUGCUUAGUUAAGACAUUUUGGUUGGAUUUUAGUCUCUCUUGCCUAUACUUUGCCAUUUUCUGUAUAAGUUUAACCCUCAAUCCCCUUCUUUCCAGGCAUCUUAUAAACUUUGUCGAGAACAAGUCUAAUGAUAGUGGGAAAGGAGUUGGUUAUGCAAUUGGUAAUACUGCUAUUAUAUUUAUGGCCGGGUUUUUCCAAAAUCAUGGUUUUCAAAAAGGAAUGAUGGUUGGUGCCCGUUCAAAAGCCGUAUUAACUAAAGUAGCUAUUGAAAAAUCUUUUAAAUUGAAUAAUGCCUCUAAACAUUCUUAUCCUACCAGUAAAGUUAUUUCAAUGUUAGGUGGUGAUAUGUCUCGUAUAGACCAGUGCUUUGGCUAUGUUUGUAUUUUAAUAGCUUUCCCUUUCCCGAUUAUUAUUGCAAUUGUUUUAUUGAUUGUUAACAUUGGUAUAUCAGGGUUUAUCGGAGUGAUUCUUGUCUUCAUCUUCAUCGCAGUAUUAACUUUCACCACCAAAAGAUUAAUGAAGCUUAGAAGUAAAAUCAAUGUUUUCACGGAUGAAAGACUUCAAUACAUUCAAGAAGCCUUACAAAACUUAAGAUUGAUCAAGUUCUUUUCUUGGGAAAGCCCUUAUUUCGAAAAACUCAAGUCAGUAAGGAACUCAGAAAUGGAUGUAAUAUUGAGAUUACAAGCCCUUAGAAACAUAUUAAUGGCGACCUCAAUGUCAUUUACCAACGUAUCGUCUAUGGUUUCAUUCCUUGUUUUAUAUGCCUUGAACGGAACUAAAAACCCUGGAUCAAUAUUCGCUUCAUUAUCAUUGUUCAACGUGCUUUCUCAACAAGUAUAUGUUUUACCUCAGGUAUCUGCUUUGGCUGUUGAUGCUUAUGUAUCUGCUGGUAGAAUCAGUGAUUUUUUGACCGCUGGAGAAAAUGACCAAAAGCCUACCAAUAAUGUAUCUCCUUUUGCAAUUGACAUACAUGCUGACUUUGAGUGGCCCAAUUUUGAUGGUAAGAAACCUAGUGGCCUCAAAAAUAUAGAUUUGUCAAUCAAACCAGGUGAAUUUGUGGUAAUCACAGGAUCGGUAGGUACAGGUAAAUCAUCCUUACUUCGAGCUAUAGCUGGUAUGAUGCCUCGUACGAAAGGAUCGUUAAAUGUCUACGGAACUGUAGCCUGCUUCAAUACUCCUUGGAUUCAAAAUGAUACUAUUAAGAAUAAUAUCUUAUUUGGGUCAGAAUAUGAUCCAGAAAAGUUUCGGGAUGUUAUAAACAAUUGUUGUCUUGAUGUCGACUUACAUGAGCUCCCUGCGGCUGAACUAACUGAGCUUGGUGAAUUUGGUGUUACUUUGUCAGGCGGUCAAAAGGCAAGAAUUAACCUAGCAAGAGCAGUAUACUCGGAUCGUGAUAUUAUAUUAUUAGAUGAUGUUUUAAGUGCAGUAGAUGCAAAAGUUGGUAAGCAGAUCAUGCAAAAUUGUAUUUUGAAUUAUUUGAAAGGUAAAACAAGAAUAUUAGCUACUCAUCAGGUGUCCUUAAUUGGAGCUGCCGAUAGGGUUAUCUACUUUACCGAUAAAGGGACUGUUGAUGUUGGUACUCUCAAAGAGCUAGAAGAAAGGAAUGUGACAUUUAAGGCUUCUAUGGCAGAAGUACAAUUUGAUGAAAAACCUGAUGAACCAAUUACAAAAGAGGCAACUUCAAAAGGUGAAUUAAUAAUAAAGGAGGAAAAGGCAGUGAAUGAACUCAAGGCUGAAGUCUAUAAAAGUUAUAUCAAAUACGGAUCAGGGUCUUUCACCGUACCGGGUUGGGUUUUAUUUUAUUUGAUGACUACGGCUUUGACCACAUUCUGCUCUUUAUUCUCAAAUGUAUGGUUAUCAUUUUGGAUCGAAGAUAAGUUUAAACAGCCAAAUCGUGUUUAUAUAGGUUUAUACGUUGCUUUUUCGCUUUUAACUGUUGUUUUCCUUAUUAACGAACUUCUCAGUAUCGUUUAUUUGUCUAAUACUUCUUCAAGGACUUUACACAUAAAAGCUUUGCAAAAAGUCUUACAUGCACCUUUAUCUUAUAUGGAUACCACUCCAACUGGUAGAAUUUUGAACCGAUUCUCCAGGGAUUCAGAGGUAUUAGAUAAUGAAAUUAGCAAUCAAUUGAGAAUUGCAAGUUAUACCUUAUCGACUAUUAUUGGUGUGAUUAUUCUAUGUAUCAUUUAUCUUCCUUGGUUUGCUAUCUGUGUUCCAGUUUUGGGGCUUUUCUUUGUUAUGCUAUUAAGUUUUUACCAAGCAUCUUCUAGAGAAAUCAAAAGAAUAGAUUCUGUCCAAAGAUCAUUUGUCUAUUCGUCAUUUGGUGAGAUAUUAAACGGUUUAGAUAUAAUCAAAGCUUUUGAUGCUAAAGAUUUCUUUAUGAACAAACUUGAUCAUGAUAUCAAUAAAAUGAACGAGGCAUAUUACCUUACCAUAACUUUUCAAAGGUACCUAAGUAUUAAUUUGAGUAUCAUUUCAACUAUCUUUACACUCAUUAUAUCCCUUUUAUGUGUUUUCAGAAUAUUUAACAUAAGUGCAGCUUCAGUUGGUCUCUUGUUAUCCUACACCUUACAAAUCACCACCAUGCUAAAUCAAUUGAUGAGGUCAACAACACAAAUUGAGAAUGAAAUGAACUCUGUGGAAAGGAUGUGCCAGUUAGCCCUUCAUCUUGAGCAAGAAGCUCCUUAUGUUCUAAAUGACCGAGAACCUCCGCCAGAAUGGCCUUCUGAGGGUAGUUUUAAAUUUGAAAACGUUUGUAUGUCAUACAGACCUGGGCUUCCCUUAGUUUUGAAGAAUGUCAAUGUAGACAUCAAAGGAAAUGAAAAAAUAGGUAUUUGUGGAAGAACAGGAGCUGGUAAAUCAUCCAUCAUGACAGCCAUUUUCAGAAUGUGUGAAUUGGAUAAAGGGAAUAUUACUUUGGAUGGUAUAAAUAUUAGUGAAUUGGGUCUACAUCAAUUGAGAUCUAAACUCACUAUUAUUCCCCAAGAUCCGGUUCUAUUCAAAGGAACUGUUCGGAGUAACCUAGAUCCUUUUGGUCAAACCUCGGAUGAGUCUAUGUACCUAGCUUUAACUAAAGUUGGUCUAUUGACUGAGAAACAAGUUGAAAACUUGAAAGCCAAAGAUGAUGUUGAUACUAAGUUUGGGCUUGACCAUAUAGUUGAGCAUGAGGGUAUGAAUUUUUCUUUAGGAGAAAAGCAGAUGAUUUCAUUUGCCAGAGCUAUAGUUCGGGAUUCUAAAAUUUUGAUCCUAGACGAAGCAACAUCAUCAGUUGACUAUGAAAACGAUCGGAAAAUACAGUUAAGUAUUGCUAGAGACUUCGAAAAUUGUACAAUUUUGUGUAUUGCUCAUCGACUUCGUACUAUUUUGUCGUAUGAUAAAAUAUUGGUUCUCGAAAAGGGUAGCAUUUGUGAGUUCGACACCCCAUGGAAUUUAUACCAAAAGAAAGGUAUUUUUAGGCAGUUGUGUGAUAAAUCUGACAUAGUAGAAGAAGAUUUCAGUUGAGUACUACUAGAAUGGAAAUACCGAGAUCCAGCUCACUUUUGCAUCCAUAGGCUGCAAAACAUACGUAUUUUUUUUUUCUGCAUUGUCUAUAUAUAUAGAAU